AUGAGCACGUCAGACGAUAUUGAAGGACAGAAAGUGGUCACGUCCAAUAAAAGUACGGGGAAAUUACAGCAAGUUCAAACGGUAGCAAGUGCACAUGACGAAGAAGAUUUACUUCCUGUGGUUGACGAGGUACCCUUCCCACGUUUUGCUUGGUAUGGGGCAACCAGCCCUUUGCAGAAUUACAUUCAGCAUUCUUCUUCCAGCAAGAUUCCCGGCAUACUAGGCCUGCGCGAAGCGACAGCAACCAAUGUUGUGAACGCGAUGCUGGCUGCCGGUUAUCUCGCAACGAUAUCAGCAGCGGUGGUGGCCGGUAUGUGGCUGGGCCGGUAUAGAACUAUUCUGACCUCUGCUCUCAUCCAACUCUGCGGCUCUGCGAUUUUGUUUGGGACCUCCUUUCCUCGCGCCGUUCAGGCCGGUGCCGCAGAAGGUGGAUUAGCCACCGCUAUCGUGCUCAUUGCUCUGGGCUCGGGAGGCGUGCGAUCCUCCAUCGCUCCAUUAACGCAGUACACCGAAGUAACUCCCAAGGUCAAGGUGCUAAAGAACGGACAAACAGUCAUCACAGAUCGAGGGCUUACAGCCCAGUACAUUUACAAUGUGAUGGUGAACGUGGGUGGACUAUCGGCCCUGAUCACCACAAUUCUUGAGAGAUAUGUUGGAUACUGGGUCUCGUACCUGGUGCCCUUAUGCAUGAUGGCUCUGUCCAUUAUUCCAUUGCUGGCGUGGCGACAUAGGUUUGUUCGGCGCCCACCAAGUGGCUCUGUGCUGCCACAAGCCAUCAGAGAAAUGGUGUAUGGUAUUCGUGAGGGAUUCCAGAUGGACGAGGUCAAGCCAGGAAAACAACAAGAGAAGCACCACCGACAGGUGCCCUGGACCAAUAUAUUCAUUGACGAUAUUCUCUUUCCCAUUCAUUGGUUGUGCCUGAAUCAGGCCUUCAAUAACCUCAUUUCCCAGGCCGGACAGAUGGUUAAUUCCGGGGUUCCGAACGACACCAUCAAGUCACUCAACCCUAUUGCCAGCAUUAUCCCGACUCCGCUGGUCGGAUUCGGGCCCAUGGCCCGGAUUGUCAUGGGAUUCCUGUUUCUCACCCUCGCUAUGGUCUACUCCGCGGGUUCUUGUUACGAUCAUCCCCUGGCGUGUGUGGAGUCAGAUCAUGGCCAGAUUCCCAAUCAGAUCUCCAUGUUCCUGCAAACGCCAAUCUACGUUCUCGGUGCGAUUGCGGAAAUCUUCUGUUUCACCACGGGCACAGAAUAUGCCUACAAUCAAGCCCCAAAGACGAUGAAAUCGGUGGUUCAAUCGGUGUGGAUGGCCACGGCGGGAGCUGGGGCAUGUCUGGCCAUGGCGUUUACGCCCAUCACCAAGGACCCUCAUCUGGUGAUCGUGUCUUCGUCGUUGGCGGGCGUCAUGGCUGUGACAACGGUUUUGUUCAGGGUAUUCUUUGGAAGGCAAGAUCGGGAGAAGACUGUCCUUCUCUGA